UCAAACAAUUUACAAACAAUUGUCACAAUUCUGAAUUCGUUUAACAAUUUUCUUGUAAUUGUACUUUUUUUGUAAUAACUUCAAGACUUAAGACUAUAUUGUAUGGUCAUACGGAAAUUAUUUUCAUGAGAUACCAGUAUUAUGGAUUCAUACGUCCCGAAUUUAUUUACAGCUGAGGAAAGCCGGGUAGACUCAGGACGAUACACUACCAAUUCGAAAUCAAUAGAGUUUGGUCCAUGGCAUAUUUCUUUUGACAUAAGUUGCAUUUUACCCAGUGUAUGCUCUACGAAAAUUGUUUGUGAACGAGAUGAUGAUCAAUUUUGCCAGUUUUGUGUAUACUGCAGAGAAUUGGAUCUUCCACAUUUUCCUGAUAUGGUGUUUCCCAAAAAUAUUUUGAUGCUCGAACACAGAUCAGGUGCUAAAAUAGAAUUUAAUCCACUUGAUGCCCUGAAAAGAGUAUCUUCAAGAAUGGAAGCCAUUGAAGUGGCUUGCGCUGAAGCAUGGCAAGAGUCUCGUCCAGAUGCUGAGAAACAGAAAAAAUCAUUUGACUGGACUUUUUCUACAGAUUACAAAGGUACUUUAUCUGGAAAUGUCACUGUGCAGGACACAGAUGAAACUAUAAACUUUGAAUUGUUAAAACAGAAGGAACAAAUUUUGUUUUACCAUGAUCUUACAUUGUUUGAAGAUGAGCUGCAUGAUCAUGGAAUAUCGAAAUUGUCUGUUAAAAUAAGGGUUAUGCCGUCAUAUUGGUAUGUGCUUCUACGCUACUUUCUGAGAGUGGAUGAUGUGCUUGUGAGAUCUCAUGAAACCAGAAUGUUCCAUCUGUUAAACACAGAUUAUGUAUUAAGGGAGUUUACCGCUAAGGAAGCAAGAGCACAAGAUUUAAAUAUUCCAACCGUCUGUAUGAAAGAAGCAGAUGAUGUUAUACCCCAUUUGCCUGUGAAAGAAAAAGUAACAGAUAAACUGGUUGUGAAUAUAAAUAUCAAUAAAUAAAUUUUGAUCUCAAUUAAAUUUAAGUAAUGUGUUGUAAAUGUGUAAUAAUAAUUUUUCUAUAUAAAAUGGUAUAUGUAUA